CGCAUUUUCACUCACACAACCCACUCAUUUUCUCUGCGCCUUUUCUUCCUUUACAACUGACCAGAUGUAACCUGCACGCCUCUGGACACCUCUCGAACAUGGUCUCUCUUGCCAACACCAAUAGAGCGACUGGCAUCAUCGCCCCCAGCAUUGGCGGCAGCCUCAAGCGCAAACAACCCGAUACCUUCGACGCCGACAAAUUCUCAUUAAGCCAAAUCAAGCGCCGUCGAGUCACAUUUGACCCCGACAUCGACGUUCACAUACUUCCGGACGUGAACGAAAAGAGCUUGGAGCUGGUUGGGGAGGAGGUCCGACGCGCUUUGGAGAAGCACGCUACCAACGACAAUGGAGGCUAUGAUCAGAUACGGGAACUCUUCACUCUUAAGCCUACUGAUGCCGAUGCGCCUCUCACUAGACUUCUCCAAAAAUACGUCAUUGCUCUCGCUAACAAUGUACCCCUCCUCGACCACAAAUGCUCCGGACUUGUACAUGCCAUCAUCGACUGUCGUUGGAUUGCCCGCAAUGAGCAGUUUGUGAGCUCAUACCGACACCUUCUACGGUCAUUGUUAUCUGUCCAACCCGGCUUCACCUCCUCCGUCUACACUAUGCUGGUGGACAUGUUCAUGGAACUUCCGUCACCCGCCAUACGCCAACAGGACGACCCGAACAUCCAGCGCUCGCAACUCCAGGCCCGCGUUCACGACUGCCUCAGGUUUCUCUUGCGACACAACCCUCUCACGAGCACCUAUCUACCAUCCAUCUUUUUGGCGACGUUCCCCUUCCCCACUGAUACCACAAAGGCCCAUGUCCAAUAUAUCAAGAACAUCCUCAAAGUCUCGGAGUACUGUCCGGAGUUAAAGGGGCAAAUAUUAUCACUUGUCAUGGAUAAGCUGGUCAAGAUUGACUCGCAAAUUCAGGUUGACAUGGAAGAGUUGGAAGACGAUAUUGAGGACCAGCUGGUGGAAGGCGUGGCGAAAGACAUGGACGACGAGGAAGAGGAAGAUGUUAGUGAUUACGAAUCCGUGUCCAGCGAAGAAAGCAUACAUGGUGAAGAGCGUCGCUUGAAAGAGCUUAAAGAAUCCGUUGCCAAGCUCGACGCUAUCAUGGAUCUCCUUUUCUCACACUACGACUCGAUCUUCGCCCAAGGCGAUCUUUUCGAAACCGACGAUGUAUUCGAAAUCCUCCUCUCACAAUUUGCGAGCAUUAUCCUGAAGACUUACCGUUCGCGGCAUACACAGUUCCUACUAUUCCAUUUCAGCCAAAUCUCGCCCGCUCUUACCGAGCGCUUUGCUGGAUGCUGCUCACAUCUUGCCUUUAAUAACCGUAUCCCACAUAUGGAGCGUGUUGCAGCAGCUGCGUAUCUAGCCUCCUUCAUCGCCCGUGGUGCGCAUGUCUCUCGCUCUGUUGUCCGGGAUGUGUUCGACCUCCUAUGUCAUCACCUCGAAAUACUUCGUAUGACCCAGGAGUCGAGCUGCAAAGCCCCAGAUGUCCGGCGCUACGGCACCUACUACGCUAUUGCCCAAGCACUCCUUUACACCUUCUGCUUCCGCUGGCGAGACCUCAUUGUCACCGACGACGACGAUGUCGUCACUGACGAAGAAAUCGUCUACCACGAAGGUGAUUUCCUCUGGUAUAGCGAUAUCAAAGAUAUCCUCCGCCGAAACAUCUUCUCCAAACUCAAUCCUCUCAAGAUCUGCGCCCCUACCAUCGUCGCUCAAUUCGCACGCAUGGCACACCAUCUCCGUUUCCUUUAUGUCUUUCCACUCAUCGAGACCAAUAAACGGAUUAGGCUGGCCAAGAGCCUGGGGACUGGGUACAUGGAUGGUGUAGCAGCGAGGGAGACGGCGCUGACGAUGAAGAAGGGCGAAGAGGCUUUUUUGUUGGAUGCGUACUUUCCGUUUGAUCCGUAUGUUCUGCCCAGGAGUAAGAGGUGGUUAGAAAAGGAUUAUGUGCAGUGGAAACCUAUUCCGGGGAUGGAGCCUGUAGGUGGGAAUGAGGAAGAAGAAGAAGAAGAAGAAGAGGAAGAAGAAGAAGAUGAUGAUGAUGAGGAAGAGGAAGAGGAAGAGAAUGGGGAUCAUGAGAGCGAUUCUGAGAGGGAUGGGUCUGAGGAUGGAGAUGAUGGUGAGGAGGAGGUGGAUAUUGACGACGGUACGGAUGCGAGUUUUUAGUUUACUUUUGUACUGCGCUGCAGGGCACUGAAUGAUAUGGUAUAGUUUGGUAUGAUAUGGCUUGGCAUGGCGUCGAGAAAAGCUUUUUGAUGCAUUUAUAGCGCGUGGGAUCGUGGUAUGGUUUGGUUGCAUUGUUAGGUCUGGGUUUCAGCGAUCUGCAUGUAGAUGGGCUGGCGCUUUUAGCGUCGGAUAAGAGGUCAUUAGGACUUGGAAAGGGAAU